AUGGAAAUUAUUGUGUCACUUAACAAACUUUCCUUAACCUUUUCAAUGUUAGUACAUAUAUUACAUGUCGUUAGCUUACUUACACUUGCUCGAGCUAGUAGUGUUAGCUUUAGUACAAACCUCAUUCAUCGCGAUUCACCGACGUCUCCCUUUUAUGAUCCUUCCCUCACCCUUUCACGACGAGUUGUUAUUGCCUUGAAUCGCUCAUUUGAUCGUGCUAGGUUUUUCAAUUCCUUCCUUUCUGGCACGACCGAUAUAUAUCCUAGCACGGAAAUGGCUAAUUAUUUGAUGAGGAUAUCCAUUGGCACUCCACCUCAAGAAAUCGUAGGUGUCGUUGAUACAGGGAGUAGCUUGAUAUGGACACAAUGUGAACCUUGUUCUAAUUGUUUCGACCAAGACUCUCCAAUUUAUGAUCCUAGGGCUUCCUCAAGUUAUAACACAACAACGUGUGAUUCCACGACAUGUAUGUUGUUUCCUAUGAGGUCUUGUGUCACAUCAAACAAUACUUGUUUGUAUCUAGUCGCGUAUGGAGAUCUAUCUUUUAGUUCCGGGGAGCUAGCAACCGAUACGUUUACAAUGAAUUCCACGACUCAUGAUACAUUGUUCGUUUUCAAGAAUAUGGUUUUUGGAUGCGGACAUAGAAAUGGUGGAAUGUUUAGUGAAGAUCAAAGUGGCAUAAUAGGACUCGGAAGGGGGCCUUUUUCGUUCAUUACACAAAUCGGGUCCUCAAUUAAUGGCAAGUUUUCGUAUUGUCUCGUGCAAAUGUUUACUCACGUCGAAAGGUCAAGUAAAAUCUACUUUGGUGAUGUUGCCACGGUUUCUGGUGAUGGUGUUGUCUCAACCCCAAUUUUAUCAGGAUAUCCUGAUAGGUUUUAUUACCUAAAUUUUCUAGGCAUAACAGUAAGAAGUCAACGUGUCGACUUCAAUACAAAAAAUUCUACUUCCAUGGAGGGUAACAUAAUCAUCGACUCAGGAACAUCGCUAACAUUAGUUCCUGAGGAGUUCUAUAACCGGCUACAAUUGGCAGUACGACGUUCAAUGGAAGAUAUUGAACCUGUUAGUCCAAACGAACAAAUUAGUAACAUAAGCUUGUGUUACAACCCGCAAGAAGUAAUGGAUUUUCCGAAUAUGGUGGCUCAUUUCCAUGGGGCGGAUUUGGAAUUGGAUCCAAUGAACACAUUUGUUCGAAUUAGUGAUGAAUCAAUUUGCUUGGCUUUUGCUCCCGUAGAUGAUGGUGUUGCUAUUUAUGGGAAUAUAGCACAAAUGAAUUUCUUAGUUGGUUAUGAUGUUUAUAAGAAUACGGUUUCGUUUAAACGUACGGAUUGUACGAUGUUAUAA